GUCUCUGAUCCGUACUCACUUAUCCUUAUGAUUAGGACUCCUAUCGUCCAGUCUGUCGCUUUGUGUCGCGGUAGAUUGGCGGCUAGGCCUCUGCUUGUGCUCCUAUCGCGUCGGGUUAUCAACGUUGCACGACCUAACUCGACGAGCGCUCUUCAGAGCAAGGGCCCCGUCGAGCCAUCCCAGCACGGUGCUGAAGGCCUGCACAGACAGGAUGCUUCUCCACCCCAAGACCUGGCACUGACAAAGCCGGACGCUGUCAGUACCGUCCCGAGUAAGAUCAAAGGGGACUGGGUGUUGUUCCACCCGGUGUAUACCCCGGAAGAGCUGAAGGCGGUCGAGGUGAUCAAUCUCAGAGCCAAGACCCUGUCGGACAAGUUCGCCGCCCUCCUCGUCCGGGUGAUGAGGACAUGCUUCGAUAUUGCGUCCGGCUACAAACACAAGGACGUCCCUCCCGCGAGUACUCUCACGGUCGAGGAACUUCGGAAGCAGAACUACCUCAUGGGUCCCGAUCAAUGGCUUCAGCGUGCCAUUUUCCUCGAGACUAUCGCCGCUGUACCUGGCAUGGUGGCUGCUAGUAUCCGACAUUUGAACAGUCUACGUCUCAUGCGACGAGACUCUGGCUGGAUCCACACAUUGCUGGAGGAAGCUGAGAACGAGCGUAUGCACCUCAUGACAUUUAUGGCGCUUCGUAGACCAGGUCUCUGGUUCCGAACUCUGGUCAUGGGCGCGCAAGGCGUCUUCUAUAACGUCUUCUUCCUAUCAUACCUCUUCGCGCCCAAAGUCUGCCAUCGAUUUGUAGGAUACCUCGAAGAAGAAGCUGUGCUCACGUACACUCGCUGCAUCCAGGACAUCGAGGCCGGGCGCCUCCCGGAGUGGGCCGACAUGCCUGCGCCAUCCAUCGCCAUUGACUAUUGGCGCCUCCCUCAGGACUCGAAGCUGCUCGACGUCAUCUACGCCAUCCGCUCCGACGAAACGAACCACCGCUUCGUCAACCACACUCUCGCUAACCUGAAUCACAAGACCGACGUCAACCCUUUUGCGUUCCGGGAGCCUGAUAUGACAGUCAAGGGGCGCAAGAUAGCUUUCGAGAGAGUCGAAGCGGAGAAAUACGUACAGGAGUCGCAUGCUCUCCUUGAGGAGGGCCGGCACCAGUCAGAAUCGAAGUGA